UGUGUGUGUAUGAGAGUGUGUGAGAGAUUGAGAGAGAGAGAGAGAGAGAGAGAGAGGGGGGAACUGAAGUGGAGCUGCAGCUGAAGGCCUGAGUCAGGAAACAGCGACAGACAGGGACACAGCAAAGCCAUGGCCAACAUCGCAGUGCAGAGGAUCAAACGAGAGUUCAAAGAGGUCCUCAAGAGCGAGGAGACAAGCAAGAACCAAAUCAAGGUUGAUCUUGUAGAUGAGAACUUCACAGAAUUGAGGGGUGAAAUUGCAGGACCUCCUGACACUCCAUAUGAGGGAGGAAGAUAUCAGCUAGAAAUUAAAAUUCCAGAAACGUAUCCAUUUAAUCCUCCAAAGGUUAGAUUUAUAACAAAAAUAUGGCAUCCGAAUAUAAGCUCAGUUACUGGUGCAAUUUGUCUGGAUAUUUUAAAAGAUCAAUGGGCUGCUGCCAUGACCUUAAGGACAGUGUUGUUAUCAUUACAAGCAUUGUUGGCAGCGGCAGAACCAGAUGAUCCUCAGGAUGCAGUGGUAGCAAAUCAGUAUAAGCAGAAUCCUGAAAUGUUUAAACAGACAGCUCGGCUCUGGUCACACGUCUACGCCGGUGCACCUGUUUCAAGUCCUGAAUACACCAGAAAAAUAGAUAAACUCUGUGCAAUGGGCUUUGAUAAAAAUGCAGUAAUAGUGGCUUUAUCUUCAAAAUCUUGGGACGUAGAGACAGCAACAGAAUUACUUCUGAGUAACUGAGGAAUUGUGCUGCCUGCUUUUGUAGGCUUGCUAGCCCCUUUCUUGAACAGCAUCACCUUUUUUUCUCUUUUUUUUUUUUUCUUUUAGAAUGACACAUUGGUUCCCUUUUAAAAUGGCACUCUGUUACCUGAUAGUUGUUCUUUAGACGCUAUUUGAGACUGGAAAAAAUGCUCUGUAAAUAAAGCUAUUAAAGUGUGUGUAAAUUAAAAGGAAAGAAAACAAAUGGGGAAAUACUUUAAUUUUUUUCUUACUAAAUAUUGUAAAGAAUCAGUAUCAAUUUGAGCUGUGCUUAAUAUGAAUGAAACUGAAGCCUAUGGCUUACAUUUUGGGGAUGGGGUGGGCAG